CGUUCGUGCGUGCUCUCGGCUGAAGCUUCGUUCCUUCGUGCUUUCCCUUUUCCGGCGUCUCUCCCUUCUCUCCGGCGGCUCCCACUCGGCUGACUCUCCGGCGACUCCUCACUCCGGCGACUCACCGACUGAAGCUUCCGAAUCCAGAGUCCUCUUGUACUCUGUUCGAUUCAAUCAUCUAAGUGCUGCUGUUGAUUUGCUGAAGCAACUCAAAGAUCGUAUCAGCAAUGAUGAAAUGGCCAUGGAAGCAAUUUUUGAUGAGGUGUUCUUUAGCAUUGCGGAAGAGACAACACUUCUGCAGAUGGGCUUCGACUUGCUUCAAGUGAUCAUGAAUGAUCUUGGCCUUGCCCCUUCACGGAAGGUUCUCGAUGUUCUUCUCAGUGCUUGUGUCAGUACGAAAGACAUGGAUAAGUCUAUCUUGAUUUGGAAGGAAUAUCAAGCAGCUGACCUCCCUUACAAUAUUCUGAGUUUCUUGAGGAUGUAUCAAGCCCUUCUGGCUUCAGGAGACCUCAAGUCUGCAAGGAUUGUGCUGAGCAAAAUGCCCAAGGACGAUCCCCACGUGCGCCUCAUCAUCCAAGAAUCCCAAACGGUGUAUGCCAAGAUGGCAUCUGAGAAAAAGACGGAGAAAAACCGGAAAACAAAGGGAAUAAAGCAUAAAAAGUCGAAGGCGAAAAAGUGAGUGCGAGGACUAACUGCAUUCCUGUUCGAGUACUUUGUAGUUCCUAGGUCAAUAGCCUCUUGUACAUGUUUGCCUUGAUGUUGUUUUUAGCGUAGCAUCAUCAUCCUCCAACGCUCUUGUGACAAAUUUUCACGGGAUUCCUUCGUUCAUCUAACCUAAUGGUUACUAAUAUAUCAAAAUGCUGGGAAUAGUAGCAUGAGAAAUCUUUGAACUUCUUCCA